GACCAUGUGCAGACCAUUGUCCCGAGUCACCUGAGUCCAAGUGUCUGACCAGUUCCCAUGUGGACCUGACUUUAACUUCUUGCCUGUUUUGGUUCCAGAAGAGAAUGGAAGGCCUUCAGAAGAGUACAUACGGAACUAUAGUUGAAGGAAGCCGGGGAGUCUACCAUGCAGCCGAAUCGUACUGGCUGAGGAUCCUCCUGGUGGGCAAAUCUGGCUGCGGGAAAAGUGCCACAGGGAACAGCAUUCUCCGCCGACAAGCAUUCGAGUCCAGGCUCAGAGCCCAGUCGGUGACCAGGACCAGCCAGGCAGAGAUAGGCACAUGGAAGGGAAAGAGCUUCCUAGUGGUAGACACACCCCCCAUCUUUGAGUCAAAGGCUCAGAACCAAGACAUGGACAAGGACAUUGGAGACUGCUACCUGCUGUGUGCCCCAGGACCCCACGUGCUGCUGCUGGUGACCCAGCUGGGACGCUUCACAGCCCAGGACACCAUGGCUGUGAGGAGGGUGAAGGAGAUCUUUGGGGCAGGAGUCAUGAAGCACAUGAUCAUCCUCUUCACCCACAAGGAAGACCUGACAGAUGAGACCUUGGAUGGGUUUGUGACCCACACUGACAACCGCAGCCUGCACAGCCUGGUCCAGGAGUGUGGGAGGAGGUACUGUGCCUUUAAUAACAGGGCCUCAGGGGAAGAGCAGCAGGGACAGCUGGCAGAGCUCAUGACUGUGGUGAGGAGGCUGGAGAAGGAGUGUGAGGGCUCUUUCUACAGCAAUGACCUCUUCCUUCAUGCCCAUGUGUUCCUUAGUGGUGACAAGAGUGAGGAUCAGGAAGCCUACAAGUGCUACCUGUCGAAGGUGAGGCAGGAGGUGGAGAGGCAGAAGCAGGAGCUGAGGGAGCAGGAGGUGAGCUGGGUAGCUAAGAUGCUUUACAGAGUCAAGACAUGCAUGGGCCCCCACAUUUUCCUUAUUGUGUGUGGUUUGAUUUUGAUCGCCAUUUUAAUUAACUUGUCUAUUACCCAGGGGAACUGAGCCUUUUCAGGUGAUUUCUGCCAUCAGCCCCCUCCCGCAAUGUUCACAAUCUCUGUUCUGGGGCACCUCAGUUUCACUCUCAUUUGACUCCCUUGCAUCAGACAUGCCAAGAGUUUUCUUCUAAAUACCAUUAUGUAAAUAAAGUAUGAAAGAAAAAGAUAUUUCUUGCCCAUGAUCAUAUCUGAGCAAGAGCAGAUGACAACUAAUAUUAAGGUGUCAGCCUACCAGAAGUUCAGCUCUCUGAUGGGAAUGUCUCAUUCCAGCAAGGCUUACGAAAAUACAGACUCCAGAAUGUCUUUUGCUUAUGCUGUGCCUUCAUAUUGUUGCUGCUACAUGCUCUUCUCUAGUAUCUGAUAUGAUGUAUUUAUAUGUGGGGAUUCCCCCAUUGCCUGUAUUGUAGUGUGUCUAUCUCAUGAUUGCAUCUCAAUUUAAUGGGCAUUUAUCUGUGGAUUGUCAGGAAGAUGCUGUAUAAUUUUGACACAGUCAGGGCCUAUUGAGUUCCACUAAAAAAAAACUGUUUUAUAUCACAGCUCAUAUUUAUGAUUUAGAAAAACAUUUGAGUCCAAGAGCCAGUCACAGGUUUCCUGUGCAUCAUAAGCUGAUAUUAGGCUUCAAAAGAGCUCUAGAUGAGACCAGAUGUCUUACUAAUGGUUUUUUAGAUAAACAUUCCCAAUCUUUUAGUUCACAAGGCCACACGACUGUUUGGCUAGGUUGUAAAUAAAAAGCCCAAUUAAUGCUAGCUUACAAAUGACUAAGUCCUUGCACCAUUCCUAACCUCAGUUUGUGAAAAUAUGUUCUGAUUAGUCAAGGCUACAGAAAAUAACUUAACUCUGUAGUCCCUAAUGAGGGCUGUAGGUGUUCUUAGAUAAUUAGAAGUUAUACACAAUCUUUACCUUUGGAAUAUGACCUUUUUAUGACUCUUAUAUUGCCUGAAAUAAUUAUUUGGGAUAUAUAAACUGUAAAAAGACAAGAUAAAAUGGAGCAACAAGAGACAACAACAUGAGUGUACAGCAUGUGAGAAGCCAAUAUGAGAGACUAAGGAAGACUCAACAUGACAGAAAAAAGAAAGUAACCAUCAGAAUGCAUGUGAAUUCAUUCCAUUGCUAAAAACCCCCUCAGAUAAAAGUCCUAAGUUUUGCUAUGCUGUGGCUUUCUCUUUGAGCCCUGUUCUGCAGCCCUGGAGUGGGUCUCAUAGGCUGUAAUAAUUUCUUCCUUUAUGUUGUGAGGGUAAAUGGUGAAUCACAUAGUUACCAUCAUAAAGGCCUGGAGACUUGCAAAAAGGAAGGUAUUUGUGCUGCAUGGCAGUGGGUAUGUCUCACCUAGUGCCUCACUUCCUACAAAUGGAGAAACAUGCAAAGCUAAGAACAGAAUCUUAUUUUAGUCAUAAGUACACCCUGCUCUUACUAUAGCAGUAAAAGUCAGAUCUCCAUCAUCUCUCCACCCCCAAGAAAGAAUAAGGACAGUGUGCAUGAAGUAGGGGAGGCUCUGAAGGUAUAGAAGAGAAUAGAGUCAAGAGGCCUGGACAUGAAUGGAGAACUGAGUGAAGAGGUUACAGGAGUAGGGUGGGUCUCACCCCAGUGAAAGCAAGGUCAGCAGUCAAGAAACACAGGAAGCAGAAAGUCUAAGGUCAGUAAUACAAAGGGCCAGAGGGUGGGUAUCUUGGGCUUGGAAGACUGUAUAGUGGACACCACAGCCACUCAACAGCACAUGCAGGCAAAAGCCACUAUAAUCAAGAGGCCAUGUGUUCAUAAAACUUGAUGAGCACUGAAUUUUGAAUUACAUGUAAUUUUCAUGUGAAGCUAGAAUACUAUUUUCCUGAAUUCUUCAGCCACUAAAAAAGGUAAAAAUGAGUUGCUGUGGGAUAUCUUUCUGUAUGCUGAGAAUAUGUGUUCCUCUCACUGGUUGAUAAAUAAAGCUACUUUGGCCCAUGACAAGGCAGGAUAGAAACAAGUGGGAUAUCCAAGCAGAGUUACAAGAGAAGAAGGGCAGAAUCUAGGAGAUGCCAGCCAGCUGUCCAAGGAGCAACAUGCCAGUAAACUGGUAAUGUCACAGUCAUGUGGCAAUACAUAGAUUAAUAGAAAUGGGUUAAUUUAAAUAUAACAACUAGUUAGUAAUAAGCCUAAGCCAUCAGCCUCACAUUUAUAAUUAAUAUAAAACUCUGAAUGGUUAUUUGGGAACUAGUGGGUGGGGGAGAUUCAUCUGGUUACAUUUGGUGCCCAAUGUGGGGCAAUAAUUUUCACACAAACCCUGAUACAGCUUUUAAAAAAGCUUCCAAAAUGGAGCCAAGAGCAGCUCCCUAGUUCAUGUCUCUUAUUGCAGACCACAGUACAGAACAUGCAGAACAGCAUCCCCUGGCUGCAGCAGGACUCAUCUGAACAUCGUGAACUCCCACAGUAUCUCAUGGGCCAUGUUACAAAGAGGCUUCUCCAAGCCACUACCUAUGGGCUUGAGAACACAGUUGUGGGCUUAAGAACACAGUUACAUGCUACUUAAUACUGUGUCCCAGAGUUGAGGAGGUAAAUGUGACUCUUGUUGGUACCUCCACCAUGUUGAAAAGGUGAGCUGGGUGGAGCCAGCCACCAAAGCUGCUGCUUUGGUCCUACCCAUGCCUGUUGAGCAGUUUAAAAACUGUUCUGGUAAAAAAGGAUUACAGAUCCACAAUAGAAACAAAUUUAGAUUAAAAAACAAAACUCCAAAUGGGUCACAGUAUGUUUAAAAAAAUGUGCAUAGGCUUGGGAGAGUGAAGAGAGAGGGUAUAGAUAGUCAUAAAAAUAUAAUAAAGUCUUUAAAGAGAGAAAUAAAAUAUUAAAAACAAAGAGAUGGGAAAUACACAGGGAGUCUGGAUCCUGUAUGUUAUUGUGUUGAUUUUGAAUUUUUUGAUUGUUGAAGCAAAAGACAGCUGCUAAAAGACAUGGGAUUGUGACUUGGACUGCUAAAUGGAACCAAUCUAGAUACUUCAGAAAUGCCUUAACUUAAAAAAAAGUCAAAAAUAUUUUUGUCAAAUGGAAAUAAAAAAUGCUUUUGAGUUUUGUUCCCACAGGAGAUAAGAGGGUAUGGAUUCCUUCAGGAAUAAUAUAGAUCAGGUUUGAACAAUGGAGACCUCCUGAAUCUUGACAGGUGAUAUCUAUCAACAAACAUUACUUCUGAUCUACCCAGGAAUUGAUCAUUAUCUCGAAAUUUUCUUAGGGACCCCUGGUGAUGCCUUCACCCACAGACAGCAGGAAACAGUAUGGAAAAAAGUAUGCCCACAUUCCCAAGAGUUGGGGGAUGUGGGUGGUCUUUGGUUAUUUGAUGGGUU